CCCCCUCCUCCCGGCUGGGCUGUGUGAAUGAAGCUCUGCCGGCUACGUGGGGCGCUCGCUCUACUCGCUGUGUGCAACGCCAGAGCCAACUGAGCGCGCUGCCCACCGCCGGUGACCACGGGCUCCGCCGCGCCGGACCUCGGUGACAGGUUUGGGCCCUUAGAAUCUUGCAGAAAGCAGAAGCAGCCAGUUGCAUUCCCAUCUCCACGUUCCUUUAAAUCCCCCUUCAAAACUGGGGGCCUCUGGAAAGCUCUGAGCCUGUGGCCCCAGCGUGGGAGAAGCUAGGUACGAGAUGGCCAUGUGGCAGGGAGCCAUGGAUAACAGAGGCUUUCAGCAGGGGAGUUUUAGUAGCUUCCAGAGCAGCUCCAGCGAUGAAGACUUGAUGGACAUCCCAGGGACUGCUAUGGAUUUCACCAUGAGAGAUGAUGUACCUCCUUUAGAUCGAGAAAUAGAAGGAAACAAGUCAUACAAUGGUGGUGGAAUAGGCUCUUCAAAUAGGAUCAUGGACUUCUUGGAGGAGCCAAUCCCUGGUGUAGGGACCUAUGAUGAUUUCAACACAAUUGAUUGGGUGAGAGAGAAGUCUCGAGACCGAGAUAGGCACCGAGAGAUUACCAAUAAAAGCAAAGAGUCCACAUGGGCCUUAAUUCACAGUGUGAGUGAUGCAUUUUCUGGCUGGUUGUUGAUGCUCCUUAUUGGGCUUUUAUCAGGCUCGUUAGCAGGCCUAAUAGAUAUCUCUGCUCACUGGAUGACAGACUUAAAAGAAGGGAUAUGCACUAAGGGAUUCUGGUUUAACCAGGAACACUGUUGCUGGAAAUCUGACCACGUCACCUUCGAGGAGAGAGACAAGUGCCCAGAAUGGAAUAGCUGGUCCCAGCUUAUCAUCAAUACAGAACAGGGAGCCUUUGCCUACAUAGUCAAUUAUUUCAUGUACGUCCUCUGGGCUCUCCUGUUUGCUUUCCUUGCUGUAUCUCUUGUCAAAGCGUUUGCACCUUAUGCCUGUGGCUCUGGAAUUCCUGAGAUAAAAACUAUCCUGAGUGGUUUCAUUAUUAGGGGCUAUUUGGGUAAGUGGACCCUUGUCAUCAAAACUAUCACGUUGGUGCUGGCAGUGUCAUCUGGCUUGAGCCUGGGCAAAGAGGGCCCCCUAGUGCAUGUGGCUUGCUGCUGUGGGAACAUCCUGUGCCACUGUUUCAACAAAUACAGGAAGAACGAAGCCAAGCGCAGAGAGGUCUUAUCCGCUGCAGCAGCUGCUGGUGUAUCUGUAGCCUUUGGGGCACCUAUUGGUGGAGUAUUAUUCAGCCUGGAAGAGGUCAGCUACUAUUUUCCCCUCAAAACACUAUGGCGUUCGUUCUUUGCUGCCCUGGUGGCAGCAUUUACACUCCGGUCCAUCAAUCCUUUUGGAAACAGCCGCUUAGUUCUGUUUUAUGUGGAGUUUCACACCCCAUGGCAUCUUUUUGAGCUUGUGCCAUUCAUUGUGCUAGGCAUAUUUGGUGGCCUUUGGGGAGCUCUGUUUAUCCGCACAAACAUUGCCUGGUGUCGGAAGCGUAAAACCACACAACUGGGCAAGUAUCCUGUCGUCGAGGUACUCAUUGUGACAGCCAUCACUGCCAUCUUGGCUUUCCCCAACGAAUAUACCCGGAUGAGCACAAGUGAGCUCAUUUCUGAGCUAUUCAAUGACUGUGGCCUUCUGGACUCCUCCAAGCUCUGUGAUUAUGAGAACCAUUUCAACACAAGCAAAGGCGCUGAGCUGCCGGACAGACCUGCUGGGGCGGGAGUCUACAGUGCCAUGUGGCAGCUGGCUUUGACGCUCAUCCUGAAAAUAGUCAUUACCAUAUUCACCUUUGGCAUGAAGAUCCCUUCUGGUCUCUUUAUCCCCAGCAUGGCUGUUGGUGCUAUAGCGGGCCGUCUUUUAGGAGUAGGGAUGGAGCAACUGGCUUAUUACCACCAUGACUGGGGCAUCUUCAAUAGCUGGUGUAGUCAGGGAGCCGAUUGCAUCACACCUGGCCUUUAUGCUAUGGUUGGGGCUGCAGCCUGUUUAGGUGGGGUGACUAGGAUGACUGUUUCUCUUGUUGUCAUAAUGUUUGAACUGACUGGUGGCCUGGAAUAUAUUGUGCCUCUGAUGGCUGCAGCCAUGACAAGCAAGUGGGUAGCAGAUGCUCUUGGGCGAGAGGGCAUUUAUGAUGCCCACAUUCGUCUCAAUGGAUAUCCCUUUCUCGAAGCCAAAGAAGAAUUUGCUCAUAAGACUCUGGCGAUGGAUGUGAUGAAGCCCCGGAGAAACGACCCCUUGUUGACUGUCCUUACUCAGGACAGUAUGACUGUGGAGGAUGUGGAGACCAUCAUCAGCGAAACCACCUACAGCGGUUUCCCGGUGGUAGUCUCCCGGGAGUCACAGAGACUUGUAGGCUUUGUUCUUCGAAGAGAUCUCAUUAUUUCAAUUGAAAAUGCUCGGAAGAAACAGGAUGGGGUUGUGAGCACUUCCAUCAUUUAUUUCACUGAGCACUCACCUCCAAUGCCGCCAUACACUCCUCCUACCCUGAAGCUUCGGAACAUCCUGGAUCUCAGCCCCUUCACUGUGACAGACCUUACACCAAUGGAGAUCGUCGUGGAUAUCUUCCGCAAGCUGGGACUGCGCCAGUGCCUGGUGACACACAAUGGGCGCUUACUUGGAAUCAUUACCAAAAAGGAUGUGUUAAAGCAUAUAGCACAGAUGGCAAACCAAGAUCCUGAUUCCAUUCUCUUCAACUAGAAUCCCGGGGUUGUUUUGGAUAUAAAACAAGGACAUUGCGGACCAUGGAUAUAUUUUAUUAACUGGGUACCCAAAACACAUUUCCCGUAUUUGGAUGGUGACGUCAUAUUAGUGUGUUGUCUGUUUCCUACAAGUUAACCAGUUGCACUACAUAAUUUCUGGGAAUUAAUCUCUCUAGGAGAAAAUACAGUUAGGCUUAUGGGAUACUGCAUUAGGAAGGGUUCAUGAAAGAGUAACAAAGAUUGCUAUGGUUUAAUUAUGUUUGUUCUUUAAACUAUUUUUUUAAUUUAAAAUUAAUUGUUAGCCAAUAUGCAAUCACUGAAAACUAUGCAAGAAAAAUUCCAACAAUUCUGACAUAUAGCCUGCAGGAAACUCAUGCAAAAGUCAUGUGUUGGGGGGGACUCUUAACUGUCAUUGGUGGAAGAUGAAGUGUGAACUAAGGGGCUUUGCCUUUCAAGCUACAGAAAGGAAAGCCAGAAGGAAAUAGCAAUGGCAUUUCUUAGACUGUGAAGAUUCAGUUCAAUUCUUAUUCCUGUUACAGUAUUUAGCGUUUUUAGUUUGUUACGUUUACCUUUUCAUUGAAGACAGUGCUGCUCUGGUCAAUCUCCUCCCAGUGAAGUAGAGGGGUUGACCUUUAGAGCCUGCUCGUCCUGGUCUUUUGAAGUACACACAGUUAAGUUACAGAGCUUUCUCCUUGGCUGCUUAAAGGCUAAUUUUCCAAAUGGCAAUGCCAUCUAGUAGACAAGGACUUUGUUAGGAAUUUGUUAGUAGCUGGGAAUUAUUCCUUCCGGUUUUCUUGAAAUGAAGCUAAAGUUCUGAGCAAAGUUGGUGACUGGGAACUUCACAUUUUUGUGAAGUUCUAAGCAAAUCUCUUACCCAGAUGCCACCUUCAUGGAUGAUGGUGCUUUAGGCUUCUGGAAUAAGUAGGAACAGUAUAUGGAAGUGAGUCUAGGCUGAACACUCCUAAAGCAGGGACGGUUCGGGGCUGCGGCAGCAUCCCGAUGCAGUCCUUUGAAAAGAGCACCAGUACUGAAAUAACUGGACACCUGUGUUCACCCCAGUGUGGAGUAUGCAGAACAGGUCGUUGUUCCUGGGAGCAUAGCGUAGGCUCGAGAUCCUUCAUGGAUUGGCGGAACUGGAACAAGAUCGGCAACUGCAGCUACCUGAGCGUACCGUCCUUAGAGAUCUGAGCAAGCUGCAGAGCCGUCCUAGAACCUAGCUGGAUGGAUGAGGCCUGAUGACACCUAAGGUGCUUGUACCCAGUUAACAAGGUGCCUGUCUCAAUUUCCUACCACAGCUGCGGCAGUUUAAGAAAAAUCACAUUGUAGAAGCACCUGGUGGAAUUAAAGAGCCACUGCCAGCAUUCCAACCACUCUUUCAUUUCUUACUAUUUUCUCCCUCCAUUCUGUUCGCUUUCUCAGCACCGAAUCCUCUUUAGGAUGGAGCAGUGUGCUUAGCGAAUCAUUCCUAAUAAUGACAACAAUUAACAAGUAGGGCUAGUUAAAUCGUAAGCUAAGGCCCGGAAGUCUCUCAGCACUUACACUAGAGGGAUCACUUUUUUGUUUCCCAUGUGGCCCCGUUGCUGCUGCCACCAUUUCAGUCUCAGCUGCCCAUGGCAAUGAGGCCACGCUGUUGGGGAAGAGUUCAGCCUUGUUCAUCUUACAAGUCUGUCCCUAAUGCCUCCUGCUGUCCCUCUAGCUCAGAAUCAGCAGCACUUGGCACAUUCCUGUGUGUAACCCACCCCUCCCAAGCAACUCAGUGUACCUCAUUUUAAAAGUUGUUGAUCCCCAAGUCAAGGACUUUUUUUUAAAUCCCCAGUUCUUAUCGUUCCCAGAUCAGAAAUGCCUGUAUUAUCCAGGGCUGAGUAGUCAAAGCAUAUUUUGAUUUUUAUCUGGACUGUACCAGAGUUUCUCCUUUUAAAUAUUUUGUCCUGGCAUUUUAAUGAAAAGGGUACAUGGUAUCAUAAUCAUGGCUCUGUGACUUUAUGUCUUAUGCCUUCUGUGCCACCACAUUCUUUGUUCUCAGAAGAGACUCUGCCUGACCACCUAGUGUAUUGCGUGGAGAUCAGAAUUCUUGUCUGUGUAUUUCAGGUUCAGUCAGUACCUAUUUCAUUAGUGAUCUUUCCUCACUGAAGUUUGCAAAGCAGGAAACGUUAUUGUGUCUGGUCUUUGAUGGCAAGGAAAGGUUUGGUCAUGUCUCAUAGAGCAGCGGUGACAUGGAUUGCAUCUUGUUUGCCUUCUAGGUUUUUUUUUGUUUGUUUGUUCCUUGUACACAGACGAGCCAGUGUUAAGGUGCUACUUCAGAGAUUAAAUCUAAGAAAAUCAGAUAACACUGUGCGAAUGAUACUGUCUAGAUGCUAAGCACCAAUAGGCCCUCCAGAUAAUUGAUAAUAUUAUCCCUUUAAUACCUCACUCCUUAGAAAUACCAUUCAUUAACCUCAGUUUCUCAGGAAUCCUUGCAGCUUGUAUGCUAGAGAUCGCUGUAGGGGGUGGUGUCCAUUGUCUGUCCAAUCCUAGGGUUUAGCUCAAUGGUUGGCUCGUUCUUACUGGAGUACUCUACAAGAUUGCUAGCCUGGCACCUGGACACAUAGUGGUUCUUCCUUGGAGGUAAAGGGAGUUCUUCCUGUCAUUUUCAUUCCAUUUCACCAAUUAAAUAAUCCUAAAAACAAAACAAAAAUGAAAAUGGAAAAAAAAAGCCAAUAUAGAAAAGUCUGAUAGCGGCCUCAAAUGACUACAUACCUCGAUGGUAAAAUACUGGAUAAUUUAAGAUUUUAAAAGGAAUUGAGACAAGUUUAUUUUGGUACUGGAAAAGAAAAUAGCCUGCUAUAAGGAAAGCGUUUACAGAAGAACACCAAUAAAUGCCUCAAGAGUGUGAAUUUUCGAAGGAAUAGAUCUGAAGGAAAUCUAGCCAUGAAGGGAAUUCAUGGAUCUGUAAAAGUCUAACUGCUAAUUUUUUUAUCUGCACACCUUCAAUGGAAAGAAUUUUAAUGUAGUUUAGAGAGAGCAUAGUGAGUUCAGUUAGAGAUAACAAACGGGACUGGCAGUGUGAAAUAAUAGCUGUUAAAGAUCACGUCUGCUUAUGUUUGUGAGAAGCAGCCACAUUGUUACACCCUCCCCUCUCUGGCCCCAGUGUCCUGGCGCAGCCCAGCUGCAGCAUGGAGCUGCUGUGGUCCACAGAACAGAGCCCCUCUGGUGGGUUAGUUGGAGUUGAUAGUACUUUGAAUUGGCCAGCUGGCAGAGCAGACGGUUAAUUUGCUGGUUUAGCUGUAAAACAGGCCAGUUGUUUUGGCACUAAAGUCUAACUCUGAACUCUUUACAGGAAGAGCAGGGGCCUUUCUGACAAGCUCAGUCACUAAAUGUGUAGGCUCGACUUCACUGUUCUAAGAUUUAAUCUUUGCAACCACCUCUCGGAUUGUCUGGGUUCCUUUAGGGGGUGUGGGAGCUAUUGAAAAUGAUGGCAGACCUGUUUACCAAAAUGUGUGUGGUGUCAGCUGGUAUGAAGAAAGCCAUCCCAUGUCCCAGUGUCUGUGCAUCUUGGCAUGAGGUGGGCAGAAAAAGCUUAAUUGUGUGCCUCAAAGGGAGAGAAAGGCAAAUCAUCCUCAAGUCCAAGAUUCCCGAGCUAGAGCCUCAAAGCACCAUUGGGCUCCAGGACAGUCGAGUUUUGUGGGAAGGGUCAACAUAAGACAUUUACUGAAGGAGGAACAUACUAUCUGAGGGUCUAGAGGACAAAGGUCCUACCAUUUUUGUUUUAAGCCUCCCUACCAUGUUCUUCUUCUCUAUUAAAAAUAAGCUGUUUUCUCCCGUUGGAGCUCAGAAGCUGUGUAAGGUUGGAUAUGAGUGGGCACAGCAGGGUUGAGCAAUUGCUGGGUUUUGGUUUUCGGUUCCAGCCAUUUGUUCUAAGGAGAGAGGUUCUUGGAAAAAUGUGUAUUAGCAACUUUAAGCUACUCCCUAUACAUAUGCUGGCCACAUUCUCAUUCCUAAGCAUCUGCAUCUGGGCAAAGUUAUGAAGAGAGGAAGGGAACAAAAGGAGUUUUUCCAUGAUGUUAAUAUGAUUUUGCCAAAUCCUCCAAGAGGGAUGUGAUGUGUUUUCUUUCUUUCUUCUUUCCCUUCUUCUCCCUUCCUUCUUUGUUUUUCCUUUUGCAUGGGGCCUAUCAGGUUGCCCAGCCUAACCUUACAGUCAAAAAUUCCUACCUCUAAGUUGCUACCAAAGGGUCUUUGGCCUGUGUGUGCACACUUGUCAAGCGAAAGCCCUGACUAAAGUUUGGCCUUUCUGAGGAGAAACUAUGAUGGUACAUAGAAGGCAGAAAUACAGUCUGUCUCUGCCUCACUUCUUUUGCUCCCCCUACCAUGCAUAUCCUAAGUUCAAAUCUCUCCCCAUUUUUAUGAGCAUGUUGUUUGAAUAUGGACUUUGGUGGGUAGGGAGAACUUCAUCCCGAGAAUAGAGAACGGAAACUCCUCCGGAUGAGGCCAUUGGCAGUUUGCUCACUCCACAGUAGGGGCCAAAGCCAGCAAUUCUUACUGGGAGUGGCGAGGGCUUUAACUGUAUUAUGUAUUAGUCCAAAUGUGCUGGGAUUUGGGGUAGUUUAGGAUUUAGUGAGAAAAACGUCAUUUAGUGAAGUGGGGAAGAAGGCAGGACCUGUGGUGGUUUUAUUUCUUUCUUAAUCAAAGUGGGAAUGUUCAGACUUGCUGUCGAGGAGAGGGGAUACCUCAGAAUAUAUGAUUCUUUUCCCUCCAUUCACUUUUCUUUCUUCUCCAUUGUCCUGCCUUUUUAGUACUCAGCUUUUUAUAUAAGUAUUUACUUUGUUUUUUUUUACUAUAUAUUUGGUCCUUUGGGACUGUGUGAUGAUUAAAUUGUAUUCCAUUCAAGAUAAAAUUAUAUGUUUAAUAUUUUAUUCUCGAAAAUUGUCUUUUGAAGCUAUGCUGCUAUCCAGGUACAGGCCAGAAAGGAAUUGGGCCUGACAGCAUCUUGGUCAUGUCACCAAAGGGUGACUACAAUGUCAUGAUGAUGACUCUUCUAUAUUUGACCAAGGCCAGCCUCCUGUUUAUACCUCUUCCCAUUCAUUUCUGGCCAUGGGAAAUAUACCAGCUAUUGGGUGAGCCAUUGAAGCCAGGAGGACCAGAAGGGCCAGGAUCCAGCCCAUGGGCACCGUGGAAAUUUCUCUGUAGGAAGCUCAUUUGUAGGGCUGGCUUCAGUCGCAGUAGCCAAAGAAAAUCUGUCUGACUGGACAUUUUAAUUCCUAAGAGUUGGUCAAAGUUCCGCUGAAGCUAAUGCAUAGAUAUCUGUAGUAGCUUGGCAUCCAGAAAUGAGCUUCAACCAAAGCUAAUAAAGCCCGGGUUUCCACAGGAAGCUCGGUGCUGAGCUGUUCAGAUCAGUCAUUUAUGAGAGUGUUGCCAACCCUUCAGCCAUGCUUUUGUAGCUUUAGCCUCACCUGCUUCUAGACACAGCCCGAUCCAAAGCUGUGGCUUACUGCUCACUUUGUUCUGCUCCCUGGUCAUGUAUAGUGACAGAGUGUAAAAAGAAAAACAUGGAUUGGGGAGUUAGGUGACCUGGUUUGUAUUCCCUAUGCUUCUACUAACUAGCCUCAAGAUCUUAACCGCUCUGUGCCUCAGUGUUCCCAUCUGCGAAAUGGGGAUAGUGUAAAUUGCCCUACCUACCUCACAGGGUUGUUGUGAGGAUAAACUGAGACAAUGAAUGGAAAGCACUUUGAUGAGUAAGUGCUAUGCAAAUUGUAAGAAAUGGAAACAAUCACGUUCAAGGCAACGGAAUGGACAUUAGCAGAAAGGUUCAUGGGAUUGUCCAGCCCUUUCUCUGUGUGGCUUAAACCUAGGUUGCCAUUGCUUUAUACAUUUUCACUUAGCACAGAUUUGUAAUUAUGCAUGUAAUAAAGCACAGCCUUAUUGAUUCGA